GCACGACACUUGAUUUCCGCCCGCCGAGUGGCAACGUCGGUCAGUCGCGAUUCGUCCGGUCCGUCGGCGAGAGUGCUCGCCAUCCUCUCAUGAUUACCUGGAAGAAUAAGAAUGACUCCUAGCCGAGCGCGUCGCCGCCGCGUCCAUGCCCGUGCGUAAUCAUCCGCUGCGUUAAAUGCGCGUUGCCACCAUAUCCCCAACGUUGGAAGCGAUCAGCGCGUUGCGUAGUGCUAGGCGUGUGUGCCCACCGACCGCCUCCGAGCGACGACAAAAUGUCGAAAAACAAAAUCGUCAUGAUGAAGAACAGCAACAGCAGUGGCGCGGUGCACGAGCACAGCGGGCUGGUGGAGGUGAAAAGCAAGUUUGAUGCCGAGUUUCGUCGCUUUUCCGUCGAGCGUGAUGUGCAAGCAAAGUUUGAAGAGUUCCGCUCGUUAUUGGAGCGCCUGCACCGUCUCACGGACACUACCUUCCUGGUGUCCUACAUCGACCCUAGCGACCAGGACCUGCUGCCCAUCAAUAAUGACGAGAAUCUCCGGCGUGCGUUGAACAACGCCAAGCCGUUGUUGCGAGUUAUUGUACAACGCAAAGGAGAUAGUUCCGAGGAAUUAAAUGGUUACGGCACGAUGAAACCAAAAAAUCUCAUCUCGAGCCUAUCGCUGUGGGCGACGCCGAGUCGAAAUAAGACGCUGGCGAUCUCGAAUCCACAUGAUUUUCGACAGGUGUCUGCUAUUAUUGAUGUGGACAUCGUGCCGGACACCUGCCGGCGCGUAAAACUCCUUAAACACGGCUCGGAUAAACCCCUGGGUUUCUACAUCCGCGACGGCACAAGUGUGCGCGUCACUCCUACGGGACUCGAAAAAAUUCCCGGGAUAUUUAUCUCGCGAUUGGUCCCUGGUGGUCUGGCUGAAUCCACUGGUCUGCUAGCAGUAAACGAUGAAGUUAUUGAAGUAAAUGGUAUUGAGGUGUUUGGUAAAACGCUGGAUCAAGUCACGGAUAUGAUGGUGGCAAACAGCAGCAAUCUAAUCGUCACGGUGAAGCCGGCGAAUCAGCGGACGGUCGCACCUGUGCGCCGCGGAAGCUUUAGCCGGAACUCGCAGCUUUCCAGCGGGUCACAACAGAGCCACACCACUGGUGGGUCGGAUCCCGACGAUAAGGAUGAGGAUGAGAUCGUUGACUUGACGUGCGUUACGCUGGACGAUAGUAUUUCGUCGUCGCAGACACGAGAGGAUGGCAUUUUGCACUUAUAAUAUUGAGAAUGAGUCCAAUCGAUGAUAUAUUUUUGUUACGACUAGCAUGUAAGCGACUAUUCCCUGUCGAAGCAGAUAAGCAAUAUGUUGAUAGCUUGUUUGGUAGCUUCGGACAUUCCAUUUCCGGUUUUUAUAACAUUUUAAAGCAUUUUAAACUAAACUAUACUAAAGAAAGCUAUUGCUUUGCACCGGCAAACAAAUAACUCUUGUUAUUUGUGAGCUCAAUGGUGCAUUUUCGAAUACUUAAUAUCAAAUAUCACUACUUAAAACAUGAUUUAUGAUGAUUUUGAGGAACAUAGGCCGUAUUAUAUUUAUUGUUUCAUCAAGCAUUUUUACUUUUAUAGGUAUAUUAUUUGUUGCGUUGCGUUCUAUGAUAUAUAAUUGUACUUAAUGUUUACAAGCUAUUUUUUAUCGAUUUUAUUAUUAAUUCUAUGCAUUAAUUGUUGUACAUACAUUUUUAUUAUGAUUAACGUAAUGUUGGCAUUGGUGGGCGAAGGAAAUCAUCGAGCUUACAGUGGACGAAGACUACCAAUACUACCAAUGUGCCUGGAGGAAAAACAGUGAACACCAAAUUUACACACACUUAUACUGAAGAAUGAAAUGAUGAGCAUCUCGAAUAUUGUACUUGAAAUUUAAUCAACUGGCAGCUUUGUAUCUAUCGAAUUUAAAACCUGAAACAAAAUUUACAAUGACUUCCGUCCUGAAAUAUUAUCUUUGUCUUGAUCGUUGAACUUGUAUCGUGAAUUAGAUCGUUGUUAUAGAUCACUUGUCGUGUGAGGUCAACAAGCAGUAAUAUCAUUUUCACUGCUGCAGCGUGCAUAGAUACUUAUUUAUAUACAUAAUAUAUAUUACAAGUUGCAAGUUAAAUAUCUUACUUUUAUAUAUACGAAAAACAAAGAACUGAAGUGGAUGAGAAUAGAAAACUAUUAUAGAUUUA